AGUGCGUUAGUGACGUUGUGACGUUGACGUGGCCUGGGAAGAAAAAUCUCGCUUUUUCCUCAUUUUCUCCCAUUAUUUCCCAAUUAUUUAGUUUUCGGAAUUCGUGAUCAUCAGGACAAGAUGAAGGUCAAGGAACUCCAGAAGACUGUCAACGUGGCAUGGUCGCCUCUGCAGCAGAAUCCCAUCAUGCUGGCGGCCGGAACGGCUGCCCAGCAGCUGGACACAUCCUUCGGGAACACCUCAACGCUGGAGAUCUACUCCGUCAAUCUGUCGGAUCCCGGCUAUGACAUGGAGUUGAAAGCCAGCCUCGCGAGUCCCUACAAAUUUCACAAGCUCGUCUGGACGCCGCUGGGCUUCGGCGGCGCGCAUCCAAGCGGCGUUCUCGUGGGUGGCUGCGAGGGUGGUCAUCUGCAAGUGUACAGCGCCGCGAAGCUCCUGGCCGGCGAGGAGGCGCUGCUGGCGCACCAGGACAAGCACAGCGGCGCCGUGCGCACGCUGGACUUCAACCCAUUCCAGACUAAUCUCCUGGCGUCGGCGUCCAGCGAGUCGGAGAUCCUGAUUUGGGACCUGAACAACACAGCGUCGCCCAUGACGCCCGGCACGAAGACGCAGCCGCCGGAGGAUGUGCAGUGUGUGGCGUGGAAUCGCCAGGUGCAGCACAUCAUGGCGUCCGUCUUCUCCUCGCGCUGCAUUGUGUGGGAUUUGCGCAAGAACGAGCCCAUUAUCAAGUUGUCGGACUCACAGUCGCGCGUCCGCUGGCGCCAGAUGCAGUGGCACCCGGAGAUCGCCACGCAGCUCUGGCUCGCGUCCGAGGAGGAUCAGGCGCCCGUGGUGCAACUCUGGGAUCUGAGAUACGCCACGGCGCCCACGAAGUCGCUGCAGAUCCACCAGAGGGGCGUUUUGGGGCUCACAUGGUGUCCCAGGGACUCGGAUUUGAUGGUGUCGUGCGGCAAGGACAACAAGAUUCUCUGCUGGAACCCCAAUGCCACGCAAGCGGAGGGUGAGAUCCUGUCGGAGCUCGCGUCCACGCUGCAGUGGUACUCAGAUGUGCAGUGGUGCCCCAGGAAUCCGGCCAUCGUGGCCGCGGCGAGUCUGGAUGGGAAUGUGACGGUGUACUCGCUGUUUGGCGGCAGUCAGCAGCAGGUGCACACGACCAGCAAGAUCGCCGACUCGUUUCCUGGCAUGGAGGCGAUGACGGCGCAGAUGCCGACGCCACAGCCGGCCACGAUGACGACGUACAGUGACCUGAAGAGGCCGCCGAAGUGGCUGCGAAGGCCGGCGGGAGCGUCCUUUGGGUUUGGCGGGAAAUUGGUGACCUUCCAGAGCUCAAAUCCUCGCCAGGUGGUGAUCAAGCAAGUGAUCACAGAGCCUGAACUCGUGGAGAGGUCAAAUCGCCUCGAGGCUGUGCUGCAGCAGGGCGAUUUUGGCGAAUACUGCCGACAGAAGGCUGACCAGACAUCGGAUCAGUUCUCGAGAUAUCUUUGGUAUUUCCUGCGCGCGAACUUCGAUGCCAAUCCGCAGUCGGAGAUGCUGAAUCUGCUGGGAUAUCAUCAGGAGGAUGUGUCGGCGAAGUUCUUGAAGAUUCUGCAAUCGAAGCAGGAUCCUGUGGAGCAGGUGACGGAUCAGAUGGCGGAACUGAGUCGGAAUGAAUCCACUGAAACUGAGACAACUGACGAAAGUACUGAUCUCUCGGGCGUGGACGGGAAUGCGAUGUUCGACGCCAUUGUGGCGGGCCAGAAGAUGAUCGCGGAGAAUGGGCUGAAGUCUCCGCCGGGUGGAUUUGUCAUCAAGACGGGCGAGGAUACGGAGGGAUUGAUCUGUCAGGCGCUGCUCACCGGCAACCUGGAGGCGGCCGUGGAGCUGUGCAUGGAAUCCGGGCGCACGACUGAGGGCAUCAUCGUGGCGAUGACGGGUGGCAGUGAGUUACUGGCCAGCACGCAGUAUCGCUACCUCAGGCGUCGCGACACCAGUCUCAGUCACAUCAUCUCGGCGUUGAUCACGCAGGAGUGGACGGGCGUGGUGAACCAGUGUGCCGUGGAGAGCUGGAAGGAGGCUCUGGUGGCCAUUCUCACCCACAAUCGUCACCACACGGCGCCUCUGUGCGCCGCUCUGGGUGAGAGGCUGCUCCAGGAGGCGCGCACUGCUGGCAACAGUGACACGGCGCAGAAUGCCAUCCUCUGCUACCUGUGCGCCGGCAGUGUGGAACACCUGGUGGAGGCGUGGCAGGAGCAGAAGGUCAGCGGCGACAUUCAGGAUCUCGUGGAGGUUGUCAUGCUGCUGCAGAAGGCGAUGGAGACUCAGGGACGCGCCGUGGAGGUGAAAGGGAAGCUGGCCACUCUACUCUCGCGCUACGCGAAGAUGCUGGUGGGUCAGGGUGCUCUGGAUUCGGCGCUGAGCUACUUGGGAGCGACGACAGAUGAGGAUUUGGCUGAUCUCAAGGACAGACUGUACUUUGCGCUGGGCUACAAGCAACUGCCGCGACCGGCGGCCACGCAGCGUACCAGCAGCAACACACAGUUCCAGACCAUGAGAAUGACGCCAUCCAGAGCUUCCCUGCCCAGUCAGCCGGCGCCGCCGCAGCCAGCGUCGCUCUUCACGCCCGCCGUGCCGCAGAUGCCCACAGUGCCCGCCGUGGCGCAGCAAUUCCCCUUCCAGCCACCGGCGCCGGCGCCCGUGGAGGCUCUGGCGCAGCCGCCACGACCCGCGAGCGGCGGAGGACCGCAAUCGGCGGUGUCCAGCGGCGGAGGACUGCUGAGUCGCAGCAAGUAUCUCCUGGAUCCAUCAGUGCAGUCCGGAAUGCCCAGCUAUGGACAGAGCUACGCCACGCCGCAGACCACUUCGCCGCCGGGCGCGCAGUUCGGGCAAUUCAACCAGCCGCAGCCGAUGCAGCAGCCCUUCCAGCAGUCACAAUUCCCGUCGUUUGUCCCCACGCCGGCACAGCAGCCGCAGAUGUUCACGCCCGAGGCGCCGCCAGCGCCUCAAGUCGCCCCACCGCCCAUGGCAAUGGCGAAACCCGCCACCUCAGCGCCCGGCUGGAACGAUCCGCCGGCGCUCAAGUCGAAUAGGCCGCCGCAGGCUCCGCCGCCGGCCACUUCAGCGUACAAUCCUAUCAUGCAUCCUCUGUUCCCGGCGGAUCAGAGUGCGGCCGCGCAGCCGCCGAACGGUUAUCAGCAGCCGGAUGGGAGCUUCUUGGGGCAGAGCGCGGGAAUGGUGCCUCAGAUGGCACAGCAGAGCUUCAACUAUGGCGCUGGCGGACAGUUUGCGCCGCCUCAGCAGCAAUUCACCGGCCAGAUGGGUUUCCAGCAGGUGCCGGCGCCGACUCCGGGCCUCCAGCCGGCCGCCACGCCGCCCCAGAAGGCGCCCACGCCUGAGCCGCCGAAGCCCAAGGCGCCGAUUCCCGAGGAGCACAUCUACAUGCAGACAGUAUUGAAUGAGCUGCGCAAUCAGUGCGUGAAUGCGGCGGCGAAUCCGCAAGUGAAGCGGAAGCUGGAGGACGUCGCGCGUCGUCUCGAGAGUCUCUAUGAUCUGCUGAGGGAAUACAGACUCGGCGCAAACACUCUGGCGGCGCUGAAUCAACUCGUGCAAUUUGUGCAGAUCGGCGACUACGCCAGCGGCCUGGCGCUGCACACGCAGAUGUGCUCAGGCGCGGACUUCGCGCAGAUCGCCGUGUUUAUGCCGGGCAUCAAGGUGCUGCUGCAGACGGCUAUGCAGCUGCAGGUGUACUUGCGAUGAGCCGCAAUGUCGUUUUAUUACGUCUCGCAAGAGGAUGUUUACAUUAUAGAGCAUUUAAAAUACA